GGCUUACUGUCGCCUUCACGGGUUUAUCGUGAGGUUGUGGGGGUUCAAAAAAAAAAGAAGAAGAAGAAAUAUAAAACUCCCGUGAUUUGUUGCAGUCAAAUUUAAAUAAUGUGAUGCAACCCUCCGGACGCCCGAGAGCCAAACAGCUGUAAUAUUUUUUUUUUUUAAUGUGAAGGGAGACGUCUCAGCAUUACAUAGCUUUGUUCCACUGGAAAUAACAGCAGAGAGAGAAGCAAGCGUCCUUAACCCCCUCUCCUCUGAGAGCCAGUCUAAUGAAGCUGACUGCCUCCCCAGAAGCAGCUCUCACACCUGGAACAAGGACUUCUGUGCACUGCGCUGGGCUCCUGUAGCCCACCCAUGCCUGUGAUCCCCAUCCCACGGCGGGUGCGCAGUUUCCAUGGCCCCCACACCACCUGCAUGCACUCGGCCUGCGGGUCGGCACACACCUCCAAGCUAGUGCGCACCAAGUACAAUAACUUUGACCUGUACCUGCGCUCACGCUGCAUGUACAGCUUCCUCCGCUUCCUCCUCUACUUCGGCUGCAGCCUGCUGACCUCUCUGCUCUGGGUGUCCCUCUCUGCUCUCUUCUUCCUGCAGUACGUCAGCGUGCGUGUGCUCCUGCGCCUGCAGUACAAACUGUCUGUCAUUCUGCUUUUGCUGGGGCACCGGCGCCUGGACUUGGGUGUGCUUAAUGACCUGAUUAUAUACAGCAUGCAAAUCACCAUGUUUCUGGUGGGGGGACUUGGCUGGUGCUUAAUGGUGUUCGUGGAUAUGUAGCUGUUUCACGAGAAACAUGACAGAUGUGGUGUAUGAUGUGAAUGUUUUACACUCAAAACUGUGUUUUAUAUUUGAGUCAGCUCUAGUCAAAAAGGCCCAAAUCUUCUUUGGUUUAUUGCAGAUAAAAUCUAACCAGAAGUAACUAUGUGACCUUUAAACCAAUUUGUGUGGCUUAAACAAACUUUAAAAAAAAAAAAAUCAGCCCUGCAUAACUCAGAGAAGUUAUGAAUAUAAAAAAAUGUUGCUGAAAGUCAGUCUGAACAUUAUGUUCAGACUCGAGUCUUUAUAUUAAGUUGUUCUUGUAUUUCAUGCCAUUUGUAAACCAUCUUCUUGGAUUUUAAAGGGCGUCUCAUCUAGACAUGCAUUUGUUUACAGUUUGUUGCAUGGAAAAGUGACUUAACAUAUGACUGAUGUGCACUGUGACUGUGAGAUGCAGGUCAGUGAUUUGUGCCAAAACAACUCAUGAUGGAGCACAAAGGGGGUGCCACAUAACUGCUUUUCAGUGUAUUGAAACUAUGUUGUGUGUAAACAAAAUAUCAUGCAAGAUAGGCACAGUUUAAAGCACAGUUUAAAAAAAGUUCAGCAACUCCACCCAUUGAAACACAAAAAGUUUUCCUGGAUUGAAAUGUGGUCGCUGUCCGUCAUCUUCGUGCUUUAACAUUUCGCAGACUCCUGCUGUUUUCGGAAUGCUCGGAAGUCCUGUUCCAACCCUGGAUCUUCUUCACUGUGUCAAAACAGUGAGUCUUUAGCCCGAGUUACAUUUAAAGGAAGAGUUCGAAUUCGUAAAGAUCCAGAUCUGGUGAGCAGGGCAGGUGGAAAGCCACCAACUGUACUGCUGUGACCAAAAAAAGGCACUCCUGCUUUUCGAUGUGGAGGUUGCUUUUGCUGAAUGUCCUCGCUUAGACACCUUAAGAUGUUACAGUACAAAUCAGUUUUGGCAGUCUGACCCCAGGGGAGAUGGGGGGGGGGGGUGGCGAACUCAUGGUACACAACCUUGUGAAUGCCAGGAAAUAAACAACAUCCAUGUUCCUGGUUGCAACCAGACUUCAUGCUUGGUUCUAGCUAGAUGUCAGAUGUUGUCGUGGAAAGGUACGUGCAAGCGGUCAGAACGGGGACUUCCAGAGGGCAAUCCAAAAAUAGCAGGAGCCCUGGAAGUGUUGCAGAGGUGAACAAGGAGGUGGCCAAAUUAAAAUCAGGUAAGGUUUUUGCCUUGAAUGUGUGGCGUCAAAAUACUUUUUGUUGUGUGUUUAUAUGUUUUGAGCAAAAUAGGGGACAGGCUGUACCCUGAGUCACAAACAUUUUUUUGUAACACUAU